GAUUCUUCGUGCACACCUUUCUUGGCGUCACGAGAUUCACGAGCAAUGCCGAAGAUUUGUGAGCCUGGCGGCUCCGGGUUGAUGUUGCCGUUAUCACAGGCAGAGCACAAGAUGAACAAAGGAGCACGUGCAGUGAUUUACAUCCUCCUCUUGUUGUACAUGUUCAUGGGUGUGGGCACCGUGGCCGAUUGCUUCAUGAAUGCAGUAGAAAAGAUCAUCAGCAAGAAGAGGAGGAUCUACCGGCCCCAAAAGAAGCGGACGGUCACAUAUCUGGUUUGGAACAGCACUGUAGCGGACCUCACUCUGUUGGCUUUGGGUUCUUCGGCACCAGAAAUUCUGUUGUCGGUCCUGGAGAUCAUGUCGAAUGGGUUCUACAGUGGCGAACUAGGACCUUCAACCAUUGUUGGGUCUGCAGCCUUCAACUUGCUCAUUAUUCUCGCCGUCUGUGUGCUAGCGAUCCCCAAUGGCGAAACUCGUUCCAUUGAACAUAUGUCUGUGUAUCACGUGACUGUGAUCUUCUCGAUCUUUGCCUAUAUGUGGCUUCUCUUCAUUGUUGAAGUGAUUUCACCCAAUGUCAUCGACAUUUGGGAGGCUUUGCUGACCUUCGUGAUGUUCCCCACCCUGGUGACCAUCUCCUGGUUAGCGAAUAAAGGAAAACUGCCCUGGCUGGCACUGGAGAAAAAGUCAGAGGAUGACGAUGCAGUCUCUGAUGUCGGCAAUCGCCGAUCGUCGCUCCUUGAUGAUGAGAGCAAUGCAGCCCAGAAAAGUCACCAUCCGCGACUGAAGCUGAGGGGCUCAGUUGCUGCAGCUGCCAUGGUGACUGGAGGGACUCGAAAGUCACAUGUGGUUGCCGAGGCUCAAAGAGACGCUGACGGGGAAGACAAGGCCAUUCCCGCAGGAAGCAACGGCAAGGACCUCCAGGACCCAGUGACCAAGAGGCGGAUCCAUGCACCAAAUGGUAUCAUCACAUUCCGCAGCGAUGCCGUCGAGGUGGAGGAGCACCAGUUCAAGGAUGAGCCAACCAUUGUGAAGUUGGAUAUCCUCCGUUGCAAUGGUUCCGAAGGAACCAUCUCCUGCAAGCUUCAGACAGAGGGUCUUUCAGCUGUUCCAGGUAAGGACUUUGAGGAGAUGGAUGAAACACUCGAGUUUGAAGAUGGAGAGACGGAGAAGGAGGUAGAGCUCUGCAUCUUCCCCCAGCGGCCUUUGGAGCCAGAUGACGUGCUGCAGCUGGUGCUCUCUGAGGCAGAAGGAGAUGCCUUUUUUAAUCCAAACGACGAUGGCGGAAAGGCGAUUGGCCUUUUGACCGUCACGAUCAAAAACUCGGAAGCACCAUCUUUGACGGAGAGGUUAGUGGACCGGGACAACUUUUUCGCGGGCCUCAAGGUCUGGAAGCAACAGAUUCUGGCUUCGUGGAAACCAGAGGAGGAGGAAGCAGAAGAUGGAGAGGAAGCAUCUCAGUGGAAGCCAAAGGACUACAUACUCUUCGUUUUGGGUCUGCCCUUCAACGUCUUUUUCGCCAUAGUCUGCCCGCCUGCUAUGUGGGCUGGCGGAUUCCUCCUUUUCACCGUUGCGCUCACUUGGGUGGCCGUGGUCACCGCUUUGAUCAGCGACUUGGCAUCGCUCUUCGGUUGCUGCGCAGAUAUUCCGGAUGCCACCACAGCGAUUACCAUUGUUGCCAUGGGCACUUCAUUGCCAGACACAUUUGCAUCAAUGACCUCUGCAUCCAAAGACGACACAGCGGAUUCGUCCAUUGUCAACGUGACUGGAAGCAACUCUGUGAAUGUCUACCUGGGCAUUGGCAUUCCUUGGUUGGCUGCAGCAAUUUAUUGGGCGGCGGCCUCUGGGGACACGUUGUUAGCGUGGAAAUUGAGAUACGCCACCGUGCUCGAUGGAGCCUUGGUGUCGAAUUACCCCAGCGGUGCUUUUGUGGUCCAGGGUGGAGCGCUGGGAUUCAGCGUCCUCAUCUUCAACUGCGUGGCCAUCUCCUGCUUGGUCAUCCUGAGAGUCCGCCGAUUGGCCUUGGGUGGCGAGCUGGGUGGUCCCAAGAAGCUGGCCUAUGCGAGUUCCGCGACCCUGAUUUUCCUUUGGCUUUCCUACACUGGCAGCUCAAUCUGGAGGAACAGCUCGAAAGACGCAGAGGUGAUGAUCUACCCCUUGGCUGCCAUUGCAGUGCUGGCAGUUAUUGGCGGCCUUGUCUUUGAGCUCUCUGGAAAGGGCCGAUUUGAUCCAGAGGCGGCCAAGGAAGAUGCUGAAGCCAGAAAGGGCCUCAAGGAUCAUGCAGCGCCAGAAGUGGUAGUUCACGGAGUGGCAGAGGACAUGAACAACGCCGAGGUGACUGACAACAUCAAGGAGGGCUUAGAGCCAGAGAAGAUUGGUGCCUCUACCCUUGAGAUUCCGCCUGAGAGCAGUGCACCCAACGCGCAAGAGGCGCCAGAAGUUGAUGCCGAAGUCCUUUUAGAGGUCCCAGGAUCCGAAAAGCUCGAGGAGGUUGUAUCCCCAGAGUCAUCUUCGGCGCUGGAUGAGGGGAAGAAGAAACGACCAAGUCCCAAGAAAUCUGCUCGUGGCACAGAGGCUGGAGAAGCGAAGGAGAAGAAAGUUCCAAAGAAGAAGAGCGAAGCGAAGCCAAAAGCUCCUACCGAAGAGCCAAAAGAAGAUGCGAAGGACGAAUGAGUAGCCGAUUUUCCGCAGCCAAAGCAAGAUUGCUCUGCCAGAAUCUCUGCCAAGCAGAGAUAAAUGGCUCAGACCGAACUGGACUUGCCGGUCCGACAGAGCCAUCGCACUUGGUUUGCUGCUUAUGCGGUCUGCUGCGAAGUGAUGCUUUCAGCAUAAGAAAGCCAUUGCUUGGCAGCAGAAUUACUCUGACUCGCAGGAGUCUGACAAGAUAACGUUUGUAGCCCAUUGCAGCGAUUGGAGGAAGGC